AUGUCUCAUGAAGUUCAAAGAGGGAGGUAUCAAAGAAAUGUCAAACCAAAGUAUGCGACUGACCAUAUGAACCGCAAAGUUGAAAAACUUCCGACGAAAAUCACUGGAACUUUAACUUUAGAGCAGCUGACCGCAUACCAAGCGAUGUUCCGUGCAAAUGAAAUCGCAGAGAUAUUACGGCAAAAGAGUAUAUCUCUUCCCGAAUCAAAAAACAGAUCUCCAUCGCCGACUCCAAUCUACGAUGCGGACGGUAAGAGAGUUAAUACUCGAGAGCAGCUUUACAAAGAUAAGUUAGCAAUCGAAAGUUAUAGACUUGUUGAGGUUGCUUUGAAAAUGAUUCCUUUUUAUAGGCCACCAGAAGGAUACAGUAAGCCUACAUCAUUCCAGGAUAAAUAUUAUAUUCCUGUCGAGCAAUACCCGGAAGUUAACUUUGUUGGGCUGCUUCUUGGCCCCCGUGGGAACACACUCAAACAACUACAAAAACAGUCUAACUGUAAGAUUGCCAUUAGAGGUCGUGGCUCUGUUAAAGAGGGUAAAGGUUCUGGCGAUUUGCCUGACGGUGCUAUGAAUAUGGAGGAUCCACUUCACUGUCUUAUUAUUGGAGAUUCCGAAGAUAAGGUUUUCAACGGUGUAAAAGCUUGUCAAGCUGUGGUGAUCAAGGCUGUCACAUCUCCCGAGGGUCAGAAUGACUUGAAAAGAAAUCAGCUAAGAGAUCUAGCUGAGUUGAACGGUACGUUAAGAGAAGAUGAUAGGCCUUGUCCUAUCUGUGGGUUGCAUGGACACAAAAGAUACGACUGCCCUGAAAGAGAAUCCUAUGCUCAAAAAAUAAUAUGCCAUACAUGUGGCCAACCGGGUCAUGUUACAAGGGAUUGUAACAUGGUCAGACCGCAGAGUUCUGUAAUUCACAACCCUAACCCUAACUACCACCAACCUGGCAUUGCUGCUAACUAUACCAGACAAAAUUACGAACCACACGGGUACCAGAUGCGAUACCAGCAUAACAAUAGUCGGUUCGGUCCCUCAAGAUACGACCACAAGGGGUCUGCUACGAAUGACCUUCAAUAUACCGAUAACAGACGGAGUUACCAAUCCAGAUACAAGAGAACUCCCGCAGAAACAUAUGCGAUUAGCUACGGCGAUACCCCUACAUCAGCACCAAAUAAUGGCCAGAUGGCCAGAGAGGGAGUCACAGGAACGGCCGGUUCUGCAUCACAUGUACCGCCCUUUCCUGAUAUUCCAGUCGCUUCAAUACAGCCGAAUGAUACAGAAAAUUCACUGCCCCCACCCCCACUUCCGCCUGUUGGUUUAUCAGGACCACCUGGUUUAGAUAACACGUUCAGUUUAGAUAAUAAUGCAGCUUUGGGGUAUGAAAAUUCAAACCUAUUGCCACCUGGUCUCACAAACGAAGACAACUCUGAUGCACAUAAAUCCCAAUCCGGAAACGGUUCAACCCCAUCACUACCCCCAGGACUAGAAGGUCCACCUGGAUUAUAA